CUGAAGGUGGCAACCUUUGGCCCACUUGGUCCUGAGAUCAUCUGAUCGGAGGUGCAAGCCCCCCCCCCCCCAGCUGCUGCCAUCCUAUUUGAUUAUUAAGCUGUCUCUUGGCCUCACCUCCAAGGAAGUCACUGAGGCAAGGAGUCACAUGUGUGGCUGAAGCGGGUCCUUGAGAAGGUUGGAGGGCACCUGGUAGGCAGACAAGCAGGAGGACGGCUGGGAACCAUGGCUUUCGCUGUGCGUGCCUGUGCCCCCAAGGAUCUCAAGGACAUCAUGCGGCUCAUUAAGGAGAUUGCCGUCAUUUACAAGAUUCCUGAGAACGAGAUCAGAACCAGCGAGGAAGAGCUGAUGAAGGCUGGAUUUGGGGAACAUCCCAGAUUCGAGUGUUUUGUAGCCGAAGUUCCCCCACAACAAAAAAGCAAAGAAGGUCACACUCUCAUUGGAUACGUCCUGUCUGUCUACACCUACAGCACCUGGAAAGGAAGAAACCUUUACAUGGACAACCUGUACGUCAUGCCGGAAUUCAGAGGGCAGGGCAUCGGGAAGAGACUCCUGAACAGAGCAACGGAGGCGGCUUGGCUCAAAGGCUGCUCCCAGCUCCACAUGCACGUCAGCUCCGAGAAGCCGGAGAACAUCAGAUUCUUGGAGAAGCACGGAGGCGAGGACCUGUCCGCCAAAGAGGGCUGGAGCCUCCUCCGGUUCCAAGAGGCGCAACUGCGCCAAAUGGCGGCACAGAGCAAAUGUUAGCAGCUCCGGGGCGGAGGGAGGGGCUGCCUGGCCGGCAGGAGGGGGCCCACCUCGCAGGGGCAACGCAUGGGCUGAGGUUCACUCCACACACAGCCCCCCCUCAGCAAAAAUAAAGAACAGCUGUUUCUGA